AGAGGAGGAGGCUCAGCGAGAGGCAGCGGCUGCAGGAGAGAGCAGCAGAGAGACUGGAGGUGGACAGGCAGGAUGAAACCGUAAUGAGCGGUUUCUAUCAGAGUCUCUGACCGCGGCGGGGUUUCUCUACGUUUUCACUUUUCUUCUUGUGGUUGUUUGUGAGAACAAACUGCAGAUUUUCUUAAAGACAAAAUGGAUUUGAUCUUUAACUUUUAUCAUUUGUGUUACAGAUUAACUGGAUAUUUUUAUCUUCUACUUUAAAAGAAAACAGUUUUAAAGUUUUUUUUUUUAAUUUUGUAAGUCUUUUUCUUCAGAGGGAGUUAAUGAGAUGUCCGUUUAGUCGGUCGGCAGUUGAUUGUUGUUGACAUCACGAUGCUGCUGGCUCUGCUCCUGGUUCUGAGCCUCCUCUCGGACACUCGCUCCUCCGAGCUGUCAUCCAUCACUGUCCAGUACCGGGUUUGGGAGGAGCAGCAAACGGGAACCCGGGUCGGCCGUCUGCUGGACGACCUCCGGCAGCGGGAUGAGGGCGGCCUCCUGGAGGACUUCCAGGUGGUGGAGCACGGGAAAGCCCUGCCCUUCUCUGUCAGCAGCAGGGACGGGCUGGUCUCCACCCAGGGCCGGCUGGACCGGGAGGAGCUGUGCCGCGGCUCGGACCUGUGCGAGCUGGCCUUCAGCGUCCUCUACAGGAAGAGCGGCGCAGUGAACUGCCUGCGGGUGCGCGUGGAGGUGAUGGACCUGAACGACCACAGUCCCAGCUUUCCCGGCUCGCUGCAGGAGGUGGAGAUCUCGGAGACGGCCGGCCUCCGCAUGCGGAUCCCUCUGGACCGGGCCAUGGAUCCUGACGCGGGGCCCAACAGCCUUCAGACAUACUCACUGUCUGUCAACCAGCACUUUGCUCUGGACGUGACCAUGGCGCCGGGCGGAAGCAAGCAGGCGGAACUGGUGGUAAUCCGAGAGCUGGACCGGGAGCUGCAGGCCUCCUUCGACCUCACGCUGGUGGCUUGGGACAAAGGGAACCCGCCCAGGUCCGGGAGCACACUGGUCCGAGUUAAUAUCCAGGACUCGAACGAUAAUAGCCCCACAUUUGAGGACAGCACACCCACCGUGGAGCUGUCCGAGGACACGGCCUGCGGGACCACCAUCAUCACCCUGCGGGCCUCGGAUCCCGACCAGGGUGCCAACGGAGAGGUGGAGUACUUGCUCAGUAAACACAUGCGGCCGGAGGUCCAGAGGCUGUUCGCGGUGGAUCCACAGAGUGGCGCUGUGAGUCUCAGAGCCCCUCUGGACUAUGAGGCCCAGCCUUCUUAUGAGGUCAUCAUCCAGGCGCGGGACCGCGGGCCCAACGCUGUUCCCACGCACUGCAAACUGCACGUCAAGCUCCGGGACGUCAACGACAACGCUCCCAGGAUACACAUGACCUGGACGCCGCCCAACUCGCCUGUAGCCACGGUGCUGGAGGGCGCGGCGGAGGACACCUUCCUGGCCCUGGUGAUGGUCUCAGACGCAGACGCAGGAGAGAACGGCAGAGUGACGGCGCUCAUUCAGCCCGGUUCCGGACCCUUUCGCCUCAAACGCAUCCACAGAGACAAUUACAUGAUUGUCACCAACGGCAGCCUGGAUCGCGAGCAGGUAACGCAUUACAACAUCUCGCUACUUGCUCAGGACUACGGAGAUCCCCCGUUAUCCUGCGUCAAACACCUGCCCGUCCACAUCCUGGACGAGAACGACAACGCGCCCGUCUUCUCCUCCUCCCUCUACAGGGCGUCGUUCAUGGAGAACAACGCGGUGGGCUACCAGGCACUCAGAGUCCAGGCCCAUGACGUGGACCUGGAAUUCAGCGGCAGAGUCUCCUACUUCAUACGAAACGCCAACGAGGUGGAGACUGAAGCCGAGUUGUUCUCUAUCCACCCGACCAGCGGCAUCAUCAGCGUCCAGCGUCCCCUCGACUACGAGGAGUCCCACAGCUACUCCUUCACGGUGGAGGCCGUUGACCAGGGUCACCCGCCGCUCACCAGCACCGCCUUGGUGCAGAUCGACCUCCAGGACGCCAAUGACAACCACCCUGUCAUUGUGGAGCCCAAACCCCGCAGAGGCGUGGCCUCUCUGAGCCUCCCUGUCAACACGGAGCGGGGGGAAAUUGUCACAGAGCUCGGGAACGCCGUCGAGGAGGGAGCCACCCCUCCACCCAGCAGCCAUGCCGUCGCAGAGGGACUGGUGGGAUUCUUGGCGUCCACCAUCAAGGCGGAGGACCCGGACUCGGGGCUGAACAGACAGCUUAGCUACCUCAUCACCGACGGAGACUCUGACAGGAUGUUCUGGUUGGACGAAACGACGGGUCAGCUGUUCGUCAACACCACCAACGCCACCGAGCUCAUUGGGAAAACCUUCAGGGUGAACAUCGCUGUGUCAGAUCUGGGCAGCCCCCGCCUCACCACCAAGGCCACUCUGGAGGUGACCUUCAUCAACCUGAAGGACGCCCUGAAGAACUCGUCUCCUGGCACCCGCGGCCAGCUCAGCUUCACCAUGAUGAUGGCCAUCUGCCUAGGCGCCACCUGCCUGCUGCUGCUGCUCGCCAUUGCUCUGGUGACGACCUUCUGCCGCCCCGAGAAAAGGGACGGCCGGGCGUACAACUGCAGGCAGGCCGAGUGCACCUACACCCGCCACCCCCGGCGCCCGCAGAAGAACAUUCGGAAGUCUGACAUCCAGCUUAUUCCCGUCAUCAGAGGGCGGCGGGAGGAGCCUGUGGAGGACGCCGCUGAGGCCCAGCCCCUGGCUCUGCCCCCUGUGAUGUCAGAGGAUCCAACUGAGCGGCAGUACACCUUAACCCCGUCCGCCAUCUGCUCCCAGAGCUACCCAGAGGGGGACGCCACUCAACCCGCUGCCCACCACUGCAGGACGCUCCGAAAACCGGGACAUAUGGAGCUGGACGGCGCUCUGACACCCGCCAGCUCAUACCGCACCCUGAGGAGCGCCAGGAACCCUUCGUCCUCCUCUUCCGUGUCUCACACGAGCACGCUGAAGCGCCAGACCGAUGGCGAGGAGGCGGAGCGGCUGAGUUCAUCGUCACAGGCAACUCUUCGCAGGCCAAGGACGUCAGAGGGACGAGGGGACGCAGAACAUCGACAGAUCCUUCGGAACCUGGUCCGACUGUCCAUGGCGGCGUUUGGAGACGCCAUCGAGCUGUCCUCAGCGUCUCCGGAGGUCCAGCAGAUCUCCCAGCUCCUUUCUCUGCUGCGACAGGGUCAGCUGCAGCCCCGACCAAACUUCAGAGGGAACAAGUACUACCAUCGCAACGCCAGAUAUGGAGGCCAGGACUGCUCUGAUUGGCUGAGCACCAAAGACAGUGGACACGGAGAGAGCGAGGCUGGAGAUGUGGACUGGGAGCCGGGACGAGACUCACCAAUCGACCCCCAGCUGGAGGAAGGACUGAACCACCUGCUGCACGACCCCGACGAUGUCUUCUCUGAGGUUGAUGACCCCUCCUGGAUGGCCCGCCUCUCCCUCCCACUCAGCGGCGAUUACCACGACAAUGUGUUUGUCCCCAACAGGCCUCCGUCCACGGACAGUGAGCUCGUUCCACGGGGCGCCCUGGACUCCUCCUCCUUCUCCACCUUCGGUAAGACUCCAGAGAAGGAGGCCCCUGUGGGCGGGGCCUUGCUGUCUGAGGUCAGCACGCUGUUUGAGAUGCUGAUGACACAGAAGGCCGACGCCCACCCCGGCCCGCGGCCUGACGUCCUGUACCGCCUCUCUGCAGCGUACCGCCGCUCGCUGGGACUGGACGCCACUGCCACCGCCUCCUCCGCCACCACCACAGUCAACACAGCAAGGAGCUCUGGGAGUGCAGAGCGGAGGGCGGGGCCAGCUGCAGGACUUUAUCAAUAGUCAAACAGACUGAAUCUUGUAAAUAACGCUGAGAGUCAGAAACACGGUGAGACUGUCUAAACGUCGUCUGACCACCAGCGUCCUUCUGACAAUCAUCAACUUUGUUCAAGAGAUUUUAGCUAACUGCAGAAAAAACACGUCAGCCGCCAUUAUUCUAAUGAGCUGACAGGAAACAGAAAAUGAUGCAAGAAAAUAGGUCAUUAACCACUUCCUGUCAACACUAAACACACCCAAAAUCUCAGACAGCAUGUUAGUUUGAACCUGCGUCUCUGUCUCUUUGACCUGGGACACUCUGCCUGCAGAGCCACCCGCCGCUCUUUCUGUUGUAUUUCUACUUUUAAAACCACACCCUCCUCAGAGACAGAGAGUCUGUGAGACAGACAGUCUGUGGACUGACGGAGACACUGAGACGAGAUAGAUGAUGAUGUGAAGGAGAUUAGGAAGUGAGAUUAAGAUUAAAAGUGGAUCUGAAAGUUACUAAUAUGUCCUUGUUGUCUCAGAGUGGGUGGACAAACUGUCCAUCAGGAUGUUAAAAUAAAAAAUGUGUCUUUGUUGUCACAGAGUGGACGGACAAACUGUCCAUCAGGAUGUUAGAAUAAAAAAUGUGUCCUUGUUGUCUCAGUGUUAUGGACAAACUGCAGGACGUCAGCUGUUUGUCGGUCAGCAGGAGGACGCGUCUCUGUGUCUCUCCCCUGGAGACUAACUAGAGAAGAGCUGGAUGCAGGGGGGACAGUGUGUCUGUGGAUGUCCUCACUGACAGGCUGACAGGAUGUGUCUCUUUGACUCAAACUGGUCUUUUUCUCGUCAGUGUUUUGCUGGAGGAGCAGCACUUUGUACAGAAUCUUUAAAACUUUUUAUAUCAAGAAAACUUUUUUAUUUUAGUUUUGUAGCUUU